AAUGUUAGUCAUCAACAUGGGUACAUUGGAAAGUACAUCAGUGGUAGUAAUAUCGCUCCUUUUGAGCUUGUCCCUCUCUGAUGGCUCGAAUAUACUAAACCAAAAAUUGGGCUGCCUGGAUUUUUCAUUAGUUAUGCUGAAAGCCAAAACUUUGAUUGGAUCCGAAACACUGCAAGAUAUUUUUCUGGAACGAAUUGGGUAUCUGAAAAGUCCGUUUUUGUUCUCAGUCGAUUCUUGCAACGCAGAUUUGAACACGAAAGUUAAAAAUGCGAAAGUACUUACGGUCGCUGCACAAAUUUAUAGAAGCGAAUACAAUAUAACCUUACAAGAGUUUGAAACGUUGGCGAAUAAGUGCAUGAAGGCCAAAUCACCAAUGAUAAGAGCUCAUCCCAAAUACCGUUCGAUCGACGGCCGUGGAAAUAAUUUGAAAAAUCCAGAAUGGGGAGCAUCCGACACACCAUUCUCCCGAUAUGGACCACACAAUUACGAAGAUGGAGUUUAUAAAAUUAAGAAAAGUGUAACAGGAGCGGAUUUACCCAAUGCUCGGUUACUCGUUCGAGAUCUGUUGAUGAAAGCUGUAAGAUCUCCCCCACCGAAAGUGACUUACAAUAUGAUGGGUCUUCUGAUUAUUUUAUUUGCCACUCAUGAUUUACAUUACCAAGUUCCGACUACCCCCCAUUGUAAAGAAGCUGACAUCAGAUGCUGUUCGAAAGAUGGUCAAUACGCAUUACCAAAUGACUUAUCAAAUUCUGCCUGUUUUCCGAUAGAAAUAUCGAAAGAGGAUCCGUUCUACAAACACGAAAAUAUUGGCUGUCUCAAUGUUGUAAGAUCACAGUUGGGAACGUAUUCAAAUGUUGCUAAACCUGGACAAAUACUGAACCGAGCUACGGCUUAUUUAGAUUUGUCUUUGAUUUAUGGAAAUAACGACUCGGAGAUGCGACCAAUCAGACUUUAUAAGGGUGGAAAGUUGAGAAUGGGAAAAGGUAAUUUGCUUCCGGUUAACUGCAAUGGAAAAUAUCUGCCAUCUAUGGAUCGAUUCGUUGUCACUCCAAUUGCCAGCAUUUGGCCAGCACUGUUCGCUCGAAAUCAUAAUAAUUUGGCUUCAGGACUGGCAAAAUUAAAUAGACGUUGGGACGAUGAAACUCUCUUCCAAGAAGCACGGAGAAUCAACAUUGCAAAUUUUCAAUUUAAUUUGAUUACAGCAAAAUCGAUCGAGAAAGUCUUUAACAAAGUCGUCAAUGAAAGCUAUUCCGACAAAAGGAAUGCAGCGACAUUCGCUGAAUUUUCAUUUACGUACAGAGGCGGACACUAUUAUAUACCACAGCACAUGGUUCUGCGACAUAAAAACAGUUCUGAAACAAAACACUUACAGUCUGACACAAUUGGAAAAAUCGAUAUAUUGGAAAAUGAUUUCGAUGCUGCACUAAGAGGUGCCGCCCAACAGCAUGUGAAUGACGAACAAUACGCGGAUGAGAUAAUUAACAGAAUCGGUAAGGAUUCAAAAGGCUACGGAUUGGAUCUUAUUUCUCUGGAUAUUCAACGUGCACGAGACCAAGGAAUUCCGUCCUUCGUCGAAAUAAGAAGAAAGUGCAAGUUACAGCCAGAAAUAAAUAGCUUCGACGAUUUCGGCAAAAUUUUCAACAAGGCAAACGUCGAUCUAUUGAAGAGCAUGUACGCGUCUUAUGAAGACGUCGAUUUUUAUGUUGGCGGUUUGUUGGAAGCCUUCGUUUCGGUUGCUAAUCCGUUCGCUGGACCUACUUUCGGUUGUAUAAUUGGAGAGAAUUAUAACAACGUCAUGGGCGGCGACAUAUAUUACUUCUCGCAUCCCGAAAAUCCGCAUCCAUUUACUACUGCUCAAAUCAAUGCCGUCCGUAACUAUGCCAUUCCAAAUCUUUUCUGUGCGAAUUCGGGCUUGAAAGAAACUAAUAAGUACUGGUCAUUAACACCUAGUGCAAUGAAUCCGACAACUAAAUGCACUGAAUUUCCACCGAUGGAUUUGUCGGCGUGGAAGGAAUAAGCUUAUGUUAAACGCAUAUCUUAAUUAUACAAAUGAAUAUCGAAGGAAUAAGUCAUUUUAUGUAGA